AUGGCAGUUUACUACGAGAGCAGCUGGUCCAUUUUAAGUACCAUCGGCUUGGUAAACUUCUUCUUCGCCUGGAUUGUGAUUGGUAUCACUCGGCUCUCAUGGCUGUCGGCUAUCCCUGCGAUUGUGUCUGCGGCCGGUGCAGUCGCAAAUGGCCUCUGCUACUACGCAUGGUACAUGGACUCUGGCAAGACGAAGACAGCUACUGCUUACGCCGUCGCGGAUAUCCUCUGGAUGAUCCAAGAAGCGGGGUUGUCCUUUUACAGCUAUAUCAUACUCAAGCAAGUUCUGCAGAACAAGGUUCGACGAAUAUUUUUGGUCCUGUUCUGGUUCUUCAUGCUAUGUAUCUGCAUGGCCAGAAUACUGCUUCUGAUUUAUAGAAUUAAGUCUAUUUUCACGGGUGAGGAAGCAUUUACGAACGUGGUGAACGGAGCCCACGUUGGUUACUUCUUCUCGCUAGCUUGUGUUGAGUGCCUCAGCGCCUUCUUCCUGCUACAAGUAUUUGUGAAGGCCAAGAAGACGUCCGAGCAGUUUUCACUUAGGUCAGAUUUCUCUAGAUAUCUUAUCCGAAGCACCGAGUUACGACUGGCUUGUCUGGCGUUGAUCGGUGUUUCAAGGGCAAUUACCUUUCUUUUCAACCCUCCAAUUAGCGGAGCGGCAAGUAUCUCGAGUCAGGUCGACGUAUUCUUAUAUACACUUGAAUGCCUCUUUCCUGUAAUUCUAUUUAUCGACCUGCUGGCCUCGAAAUUGACAUUCACUCACGGUUCUCAAAACGAGUCGUACCGCCUGACGCAGAGAAGGACUGUUGGUAGAGAGCGACUCCCAUCAGUUGAUAAUACGUCCGUGUCACGCGUUGUAGAUCUUGAGCAUCAGAAUAACGCUCAAUCUAAGGAAAUCACGCGUUUCACUACCCGGAAUUGGACGCCAUCAUCCUCGACAGAACCGAGAUAUAUCAACACUGACAGCGGCUCAAAUACAAGUCAGGUGGGCAUCGUCAGGACGAUCACUACUACAGUUACAACUAGUACUUGA